AUGGCACAGGGUUUUCUUUUAUCGAAAGGAAACUUGGAGCUAGAGGAUGUAGGUAAUGAAGUAUGGAAUGAAUUAUACUUGAGGUCUUUCUUCCAAGAGAUUGAAGUUAAAUAUGGUCGAACUUAUUUCAAGAUGCAUGAUCUCAUUCAUGAUUUGGCAACAUCUCUAUUUUCGGCAAGCGCAUCAAGCAACAAUAUCCGUGAAAUAAAUGUAAAAGGUUACCCACAUAUGAUGUCGAUUGGUUUCGCAAAAGUGGUGUCUUCUUACUCUCGUUCUCACUUGCAAAAAUUUGUCUCGUUGAGGGUGCUUAAUCUAAGUGAAUUACAACUUAAGCAGUUACCGUCUUCCAUUGGAGAUCUAGUACAUUUAAGAUAUCUAAACUUGUCUGGCAAUCUUAAAAUUCGUAGUCUUCCAAAGCAGUUAUUCAAGCUUAAAAAUCUGCAGACUCUUGAUCUACUAUAUUGCAUCAGACUUUGUUGUUUGCCAAAAGAAACAAGUAAACUUGGUAGUCUCCGAAAUCUUUUACUUGAUGGUUGCAAAGCAUUGACUUGUAUGCCACCAAGGAUAGCAUCUUUGACACGCCUUAAGACUCUUGGUUGCUUUGCAGUGGGAAGGAAGAAAAGUUCUCAAAUUGGUGAAUUACAAAACCUGAAUCUCUAUGGCUCAAUUGAAAUCACGCAUCUUGAGAGAGUGAAGAAUGAUAUGGAUGCAAAAGAAGCCAAUCUAUCUGCAAAAGAAAAUUUGCAUUCUUUAAGCAAGACUUGGGAUGAAGAUGAACGUCCACAUAGAUAUGAAUCAGAAGAAGUUGAAGUGCUUGAAGCCCUCAAACCACACUCCAAUCUGACUUCUUUAAGAAUCAGUGGCUUCAGAGGAAUCCGUCUCCCAGACUGGAUGAAUCACUCAGUUUUGAAAAAUGUUGUCUCUAUUAAAAUCAGUGGUUGCAAAAAUUGUUCAUGCUUACCACCCCUUGUCUAA